AUGACGGAUCAGCUAGAAACAGCACAACCUCCUCAAAUGGCCUCUCAGGCAGUUUUUGUUGCUUCUGCUCCAAUUCCAGAAAAUGCUAUUCUUAUUCAAGGCUACGAUUUCAAUCAAGGUGUUGAUUACGAAAAACUCAUGGCAUCGCUGUUUACCACUGGAUUCCAAGCAACAAGUCUUGGUGAAGCCAUUCAAAUUACAAACGACAUGAUCAAGUGGAGACUAUCAGAUGAGCCUAUAGAUGAAAAUGAAAAUGAAGUAUAUAGAGAUCCCGAAACUCGAUCCAAAACUCGAUGCAAGAUUUUUUUGGGUUAUACUUCCAACUUGGUCUCUGCAGGAAUCAGAGAUAUUAUUCGCUACCUUGUUCAACAUCGCAUGGUUGAUGUAGUGGUAUCAUCAGCUGGAGGAAUUGAGGAAGAUUUUAUCAAGUGUUUAGGACCCACUUAUAUUGGUGCGUUCUCGCUGCCUGGAGCAGAAUUGCGUAAAAAGGGGUUGAAUCGAAUUGGAAAUCUACUCGUACCCAAUGAUAACUACUGUGCGUUUGAGGAUUGGGUCAUGCCUGUUCUUGAUCAAAUGCUCAAGGAGCAAAAAGAAGCAGGAACGAUUUGGACACCUUCAAAAAUGAUCAAAAGACUAGGAAAAGUGAUUGACAAUCCACAGAGUAUAUACUACUGGGCAUACAAGAACGAUAUUCCAGUGUACUGUCCUGCAUUGACGGAUGGAUCGUUGGGUGACAUGAUUUACUUUCAUAGUUUUAAAAAUCCCGGAUUGAUUGUAGAUAUUGCUGCCGAUAUUCGUGCGGUCAACAACGAGGCUGUUCAUGCCAAGAAAACUGGGAUGAUUAUUCUUGGUGGAGGGGUGAUAAAGCAUCAUAUUUGCAACGCUAAUUUGAUGCGAAACGGGGCGGACUAUGCCGUAUAUAUCAAUACAGGACAAGAGUUUGAUGGCAGUGAUGCUGGUGCACGUCCCGAUGAAGCUAUUUCAUGGGGAAAGAUUCGUAUAGAUGCCAAGUCAGUCAAGGUUUAUGCCGAUGCUAGUGUGAUAUUUCCAUUAUUGGUAGCAGAGACAUUUGCAAAAAAGUUUGAUCCUAAACUGCCCAUUUGA